UACCACUUCCCCCCUACGUCAUUUCCGCUACACAACCUUCUCAGAGAGUUUUGUCCAAGAUGGCGUCAACGCAGUUAACGGAUGAGGAGCUUUUCUCCGAAUUAAAGCGCUUUGGUUUCACUCCAGGCCCGGUUACCGAAAAUACUCGCCCGGUAUAUUUGAAAAAAUUGAAGAAGCUUCGGGAAGAGCAACAGCAGCGGGGCUCUAGAUCGGGUAAAACGCGUAGCAGCGGGGCCAUCAACAGCACCACUGGCGGAGGCAACACGGCGGGAUCCAGGCCAGCCAGCCAUGACGUCACGCACCUGAGCUCCAGCAGGAGACCGGGCAGGAAGUCCUCCGUCCUCGGCUUCAGCUCCGACGAGUCUGACGCCGAAACUCCACUGAAAAGAAAAGGCCUCAAUCACAGCAGUAGGUCGGACCGGAGCUCUGGUUUCCCACAACAGCUGAAGAUAAGGCCCGUUACAACGCCGACUGUAGCUCCCAAGAGUCAGUAUGGCGCUACGAGUACGGUAAAUAGCAACAAUUCUUCCCCGGGUCCGGGUGGACAGAGAAGUGUCUCCCUGGGCUGGGGAGUUCGUGCCAGAUCCAGCCCUGAGGCUGAAGGAAGGGAUUGCGACGAAUCUGGAGACGACGACGAUUAUGAUGGGGGAAUGGAGAAGAACUCUCGCUCUUUAAAUGGUUGUGGGGCGUCUCACUUAAACACUAGCAAGCUAGCUGGGGAUUACUCAGACUCAGAUGAGGAGGAGGUUGGGGGCCUUGGUGUCGGAGACAAACGGCGGGUUAGGUUGGAGCCUAGACGGAGCCACCCUAAAGCGGAGUUUCCUUCCCACGUAGCGGGCAUAGGGUUUCAGACGGGUGGGGCAGCCAGACAGGUCAACCCGCCGGAGAGUCUAAAUAUGGUGGGGGGCCGGAGGCAGGAGGGGGAGAAAGACGAGAGAAGGGACUCGGACCCAUUGGGAGUCUUUCGGAGCCACAACUUUCCCAGAAAGUCCAUCUACGUGUCCCUCACCGAGGACCAUGGAGCAGAGGCCGGGAAAAAUAACCACGUCGACGGUGAGGACGGCGCCUCUAGAAGCAGCAGCACUAGUAGGUUCGCCAUUGGGUUGAGACCGCGCUUCUCCAACUAUAGCAGCCUGUCCCAGACCUACAGGGGCAACCAGUCCAAUCACACCGCUCCCAACCACUCAUAUAGCCAGGCAGUGCUGAAGCAGAAGCUGUCUGUUCCGGAGGAUGAGCUGCUCCAGCAGUUUAAAAGGGAGGAGGUUGCCUCCUCUGGUAGCUUUAGCGCUCACUACCUGUCCAUGUUCUUGCUCACGGCAGCCUGCCUCUUCUUUUUGCUGCUGGGCCUCAUGUACCUCAGGAUGAGGGGCACUGGAUCUUCGGAGGUAGAUGGAGUCAUUAAGAACCACCCUUUUGGCAACGAUUUUGACUCUUCUUAUGCAAAGGCGGACAAGGACCUGAUCCUGAAGCUGCUGCUCAAUCUACAUGACCACCUGGCCCACGUCGCUGGCCAGCAUGACUGUGGAGACCAGCAGCAUCCAAACAGAAGUCUGUCCAUUAAUGAGGCCUCAGCAUAUUUACUGGCUCAGAAUGAGGAGUUUAAAGGCCUCAUUCUUACUUCUCUGGAGUGGAUCAUCCGGACAGGCCAGGAUGUCGGGAUAAGGCUGACUGCUAAGGUAGCUGAUGAUCCAGUGACUGAUGUGUCUGAGAUCUCUCAGCUGGAGUCCACGCAUCCCAAGAUGCCCUUCAUGUGUCGCUUCCGCCGAGCCUUCCUUACCGUCAUCAGCAGAGUCUUCCUAAUUGCAGUUGUGGUCGGCUUUGUGUGGAGCGUGGCCUCCUACAUGAAGUAUCGCUGGAGGAGAGAGGAGGAGGAGACCAGGCAGAUGUAUGACAUGGUGGAGAGGAUCAUCGAUGUGUUGAGGAGCCACAGUGAGGCUUGCCAAGAGAACCAGGAUUUGCAGCCCUACCUGCCGAUCCCCCACGUCAGAGACUCGCUGGUUCAGCCUCAGGACCGAAAGAAAAUGAAGAAAAUUUGGGAGCGGGCUGAGAGGUUUCUCUCAGCCAACGAGUCCAGGAUUCGAAAAGAGACUCAGAGGAUUGGUGGAGCGGACUUUCUGGUCUGGAGGUGGAUUCAGCCUUCUCUCAGUUGUGAUAAGACCUCCUUGAUCCCCUCCAAAGUCUGGCAGGGAAAAGCUUUCCCAUUGGACCGGAGGAACUCACCUCCCAACAGCCUGACUCCAUGUCUGAAGAUCCGAAACAUGUUUGACCCAGUCAUGGAGGUUGGGGAGAACUGGGAUCUAGCCAUCCAUGAGGCCAUCCUGGAGAAGUGCAAUGACAACGACGGUAUUGUCCACAUCGCCGUUGACAAGAACUCGCGAGAGGGCUGUGUCUAUGUCAAGUGUCUUUCUUCAGAGCACUCAGGGAGGGCCUUCAAGGCACUUCAUGGCUCCUGGUUUGAUGGUAAGCUGGUGACGGUGAAGUAUCUGCGUUUGGACCGAUACCACCAGCGCUUCCCACAAGCCCAGGCCUGCAGCACACCUUUGAAGGCCUCCGUGAACACCACAAGCACCAUAAACACUACACCCCACCUGCAGCAUCGAGGCUCUGCCAACUCUUCAGGCUUCUCAUGAGAUGAGCAUAGGCGUUCUUCUCUGUGCCCUCCCAGCAUGACAGCACCAGUCUGCUGCUGCUCCUUCACUGCUUUAUAACGGGAAAAGACUUCAGUCUGUGUCUCGGGAGAGCUUUUUUUUUUCUCAACAGAGGAUCGCAAGAGAAGUUUUUAAGCGGUGCAGUGUUUGUUUUUAAUGAUCUUUGUAUUAAAAUGUCAUGGAUUUGAACAAGGAAGCAAAGUUCUUCUGGAAUAUUUAAGAUGUGUGCAGAGACUUCAACCGCCAUCCUCCUCUUCCACAGUCUCUACCAUGAUGGAGUUCAUUUGGGCUGCAUGUAUGCCUCUAUGUCAGCUUUCAAUGCAACACAGUGUGGGUGUUGAUUUCCCGGAAAUGUACUCCGUUAUUAUUAUUCUGGUGAUUAUUAUUUAGUCAAGUGAGGAAGGCAUGACCAGACUUGUAGAGGGUGUGCUGUAAAUACAUGUGAAUGGUGGCACAAGCUUUAUUACAUCCUCUGUAUUAAAAGCAAACCAUAAGCUCACGUUUUUCUUGCUGCUCACAUACCACAGCAGAGUACAUCUGUGUCAGGAUCUUCAAGAGGUUGCAACAGCACCGAUACACAGAACAGUUCAGCUAGCAGAGCAGGGUAACCUCUGUGUUUGUUGUUUGCUCCAAGUAUUCCAUAUAUGGCCUUUUCGUUCCCUUUGACUUUAAUUUUGUUAUAGCAUCCAGCAGCGCUCGUAAACUCUCAACUUUGGAGCAAUGUAACAGAAUCAGGGAGUGAACCUUUAACAGUCACCUGAAGCAUAAAGAUAUAAUCCAAUAUAUUCCCAAAUUAUUAUUAUUAUUUCUUAUUAUGUUUAUUAUUUACCUCUUUCAUGUCAGGUAAUUUUUUACUGUGGGCGCGUCCCCUCAUAUUUCCAAACCUGUGCUGGACAAGUGGUGUGCACUGUAAUCUCUCCGUGUACAUGACCAGAGGAGCACACAGAGUUCAGGAUGGUUCAUGUCCAGUUUACAAUUUGCUCAUCUUACUUUGGAGAAGCUGAUGGUUAACAGUCCUGAUUAACCCGGAUGUUGUCACUACUGGUCUUUAAACAUAUCAGCCUCUUGUGAUUAUGCUACCACUCUUUUUGUCAUAAGGAGUACUGUGAGGAUGUUUUUAACACAAUCCAAAAUAUUCCCACCCCUGUAAGAAAACUGUACUGAGUUUAGGGUUUCCUGAUUGCCUGUGUUUUUAACAGCACCUGUGUAUUCCAAAAAUGCUAGAAAUCCAGGAGUUGCCAGACAUCAUUUCAUUUUUUAUUGCAGUGAACUAAACGUUGGAUUCAGUAUUUGCAGUGUGAAAUUGUACAAAUUAUGCACAUUUCAAAUGUUUAAAACCUGCUACAACAGUUUGCAGCUGGUAACCCUACUGUGCCUUAAAUUUGUGCUUUUUUAAGACUGGCACUGCAUUACUUGAGAAUAUCCUGGAUUUAAGAAAUGUUAAAACUGCUUAAAGGGGAAAUAAGGCCUGCCAUAGAUGUAGUUUUGGUAGAGUUUGACAUCUUCAGAUUUGGUAUUUUGAAGCAGUUUCCUUUUGAUAUUAAACCAAAUGCUUCUCUAUUUAUUAUUAUUUUUUUUUAAAUCAACUGGUGAUGUACUAUUUUAAUGUCACUAUACCUAUUGCAUAUGUGUCAUGACUUAUUUUUUUCCAUGGGCGAUUAACCUUACAUCCGCUUCCAAACAAUUGUCAGGAUGUGUAAAAUGACAAAAUAAAGUGAACACUUUCUGAAAUAAGCCAGUUGAUGAAUCACUGUAAUCUAUUUUUGUACAUCUCCAACAGAAUGGUGCACCUGCAGCGUCAGUCUCAAACCACACUGACUGUAAUGAGGAGGAUUGUAACUGUUGGUGUGAUGUUAUGGCACUUCUCCAGCCUUGUGGUGUCACCUUAAAAUGCGUCGUCAUGGGAGCUUUUUUUCUAUGAUGUGUUUUAUGUAAACACUGUACAUUGAUAUAACUGCAAUAUGUACUAUUACACGCAGCUUUAUUUCUACUGCGUUGUAUGUUUGGAGUAACCAGUAUCCCUAACCUGCUAGCCAGAAAGAUGUGUGUACAAUACUACAGACAUUUAAGAAGAUCCAGACGUUUUAAUGUAAUUUGUCAAUUGUACAAAAAGCUCAAAUUAAAGGUUUAUUAGGAGUUUUUAAA